CUACGGAAUCUCCAAUUAUUCAAUCGUCUCCCCGAGCGAGGUUCGUUCAAUCGUCCGGCUCGUAUACGGUUCCGCGGCUCGCAUCAGAACCGUAUUGUUUCCGAGCAAGUCCGCGUCGCGCUCCGGCUACGACAGUUUUACCUGGGAUUCGAAGCGGACGUUCGCGUUUUUUGGUACCUUGAAGCAGAGAGAGAGAGAUAGUUGGACGGAAGAUAUGGCCGACGAAGAUACGCAACGGACGUUCGAUCUCGUAGAUUCCGCGGUGUUCGCGGGAAUGCUGGGAGUAUCCGCUGGCGUCGGGGUCUACCACGCGUACAAGUCGAGAAAGAGUACCGACGCGGUCCGGGAGUAUUUGGUGGGUGGACGGAACAUGUCCAUCUUCCCUAUAAGCAUGUCCCUGAUAGCCAGUUACAUAUCGGGAAUAUCGAUCCUCGGCCUGCCGGCCGAGAUGUACGUCUACGGGACGCAAUUCUGGUGCGUGGUGUUCGCCGACUCGUUCGUCUCGCUGACGAUGGCCUACGUGUAUCUGCCAGUGUUCUAUGACCUGGGGAUCACUUCUUCUUACGAGUACCUGAAGCUGAGGUUCAACGAGGCCGUCCGCCUGAUGGGCUCCGUGAUAUUUUUGAUAAAAAUGCUGCUCUACAUCCCGCUGGUGAUAUACGUUCCCGCGCUAGCGUUCAAUCAGGUGACAGGUAUUAAUCUCCACGCGAUCGCCCUUCUGGUCUGCGCGGUUUGCAUAUUUUACACGACUCUGGGCGGCCUCAAAGCUGUCGUCUGGACGGACGCUAUACAGACGAUCGUUAUAUUCGGAGGUGUGGUCAUCGUCGCGAUUUACGGGACGAGCCGGGUAGGCGGAGUCGAUCGCGUCUGGGAAAGGAACCGCGACACGGACAGAAUCGAUUUUUUCAACAUGGACCUGGACCCAACGAUGCGACACACCUUUUGGUCGGUAGUCGUCGGCAACUACUUGAACUGGUUGGCCACCUGUUCCGUGAACCAGGCGAUGGUGCAGCGAUGCUUGGCGAUGCCGAACCUGAAGAUGGCGAACGCGACGAUCGCGAUAAUGGCAGUCGGUAUCAUAACCAUCGUCUCGUUGAGCUGCUACACGGGCCUGGUCGUGUUCGCGACGUUCUACGACUGCGACCCUGUUAUAACCAAGCAAAUAGGCAAGUCGGACCAACUGCUGCCAUUCUUCGUAAUGGACCUGGCCGCUUCUAUCCCAGGUUUGCCCGGCCUGUUCGUCGCUUGUGUCUUCAGCGCUGCGUUGAGCACCAUGUCCACCGGUCUGAACUCCAUGUCCGGCGUGAUAUACGAGGACAUGAUAAAACCUUGCCUGCGAAAUUCCCUCUCGGACGUGGCGGCCAGUCGAACGAUGAAAGCCACGGUGGUGGCGAUCGGCACCGUUUGCAUGGCGCUGGUUUUCCUCGUGGAGAAGCUAGGUGGACUGAUACAGGCCGGCAAGAGCCUGUCGGGUAUUACAGCGGGACCGUUGCUCGGAAUGUUUACCCUAGGCAUGUUCUUCCCCUGCGCCAAUUCCGCGGGAGCGUUGGUCGGCGGCAUGGUAGGCUUGAACCUGGUCGCUUGGAUCUCGUUCGGCACUCAGGCGGCGGUGUCCAACGGGGAAAUCGUGUUCCCCAUAAAACCGAUCUCCAUCGAGGGCUGCCCGGAACUGCUGAAGAACCGCGUCGGCAAUCUGACGCUGAUCGUUGAGACGGCAAUCAGGGAACAGCCGUUCUUUCUCUACAGAAUGUCGUAUCUCUGGUACACGUGGGUCGGUUUUAUAACCGCGAUACUGGUCGGACUGCUCGUCUCUUGGCUCACCGGGUUGAACAAACGUAAGCCUGGCGACGAGAAACUGUACACACCGGUGAUACGCGGUUUCCUACGAUCCAAAACGGUCGCCGUAGAUCAGCAGGUGCGGAUGGAUUAUUGUUUCCCGGGGUCUCGCGCAGUUCACGCAGUUCACCUAAGUUUCCACUGUUUCAUAGGACAACGCGGAACUAGAGAAGAUCGGGAUGGACGCGGCGAACAAUCUGUAAAGAAACAACCGGCAUGCGCAAUUGAUCGCAACAACGUAGGGAAGUGUCGAUUGGAUCUUGAUCGAUGAAUCGCUCACCACUCCAAGGGUACGAAGGAGAGGGGAAUGAACACACAGCCAUGGCAACCAUCGAGACGAUACAAAUCUACGCAGAAAUACAUACAUAUAUAUGUAUAUACACAUAAAUUCGUACAUGUUUACAUAGAUACAUUUUCAUAUUACAGUUAUUACAAGAUAAACGAUUGCGAAACACGUCGUUCAUCAACGCGUAGAAACUGUUUCGAUACGAACGAACUAAUAAAGAGAG